UUCUAAUCUCCUUUAUAUCUUCAAUCUCCUUCCUUACAGGGUACCUCAUCUCACUAUGAGCGCAGCAGCCAAACUCUCUCAAUUCGGCGUGAAGCACGUCGCGCGAGGAAUCGGCCGCCUCUCCACCGAGGUCCUCGACAGCGGCUCAGGAAGCUAUGUCACGACGGUCUCCGGCCGCAAGCUCCUCGACUUCACAUCCGGAAUUGGCGUCACCAACCUCGGGCACUGCCACCCCGCCGUUACCAAAGCCGCUCAGGCACAAGUCGGGAAGCUGGUGCACGGGCAAGUCAACAUUGCGUUCCAGAAGCCGUAUCUGGAGCUCGUUGACGCGCUGAUUCCGCUCAUGCCGCACAAGUCUCUGGACACAUUCUUCUUCUGGAAUUCCGGCUCCGAGGCUGUGGAAGCGGCGGUCAAACUUGCCAGACAUGCGACGAAGAAGCAGAAUGUCAUUGUGAUGCAGGGCUCCUAUCAUGGACGCACGAUGGGCACGUUGGCGAUGACGCGCUCGAAGACUGUUUAUGGCGAGAACUUCGCGCCGUUGAUGCCGGGCGUGUUUGCGGUGCCGUUUCCGUAUUGCAAGCAAUGCUCUGUUGCCACUCAUUCAGACGGAAAGUUUGGUUUCGAGAAUUGCUGUAUGGAUCCGGUGCUGCAGCUUGAGCUACUUUUGAAGAGAGAGACGGCGCCAUCAGACACGGCUGCUAUCUUUAUUGAGACGGUGCUCGGGGAGGGAGGGUAUGUUCCUCCACCCGCCGGAUAUCUUGCCAGGGUGAGGGAGAUCUGUGAUAAGAAUGGUAUUCUUAUGGUGGCAGAUGAGGUGCAGUGUGGGUAUGGGAGGACAGGCAAGUUGUUCGCCAUUGAGCAUUGGGGUGUGCGGCCAGAUAUUCUGAUCAUGGCUAAGGGAAUUGCGAAUGGAUUUCCGCUAUCGGGUAUUGUUUCGAGGAAGGAGUUGAUGGAUUUGCAGAAGCCUGGCUCAAUGGGCGGAACCUAUUCCGGCAACGCCGUUUCAUGCGCAGCUGCAGUUGCCGUCGUGAAAGCAUUCCAGGAGGAGAAGAUUCUGGAGAAUGUGAACACAAGAGGAGAAGAAUUGAAGUCUACGCUCAGAGCUGCUCAGGAAGACCCUAAGACGAGGCACAUGAUCUACGACGUGAGGGGAUUGGGGUUGAUGUUGGCGCUGGAGUGUGUGCCAGGGAAGGGAUAUGCAUCAAAGAUCCAGGCCAAGUGCAUGGAGAAGGAUAUGCUUCUGUUAACGACGUCUAUUUAUGACACUCUGCGCUUCAUUCCUCCGCUGAAUAUCACAAAGAAGGACAUGGCUGAGGGAUGUCGCAUUAUUGGAGAAGCUAUCGAAGAAGUUGCUGCUGAGGAGGAUUCCCCAGAAACGCCGACGAAGGGCCAAGCUCCGGAAUAGAGAUGCCUUAAGGUCGAUCUCUGUACUUUGUCGCUAGUCUUGAACUCUCAUUCGCGGGAUUGAUAUUGGAAGAAAUCAAAGUUGAUUCAAUCGCUAUGUUCUCCAUCACAUUCAGUGCUGGGACGGAUGACUAGGGGUACGAAUGACCUCUUGGGCCAGUUACCUUCUUCAACGGCCACAUUGGCUGGCAUCAAUUUUGAUUGUUCUUGAUCUACGAUUACAGCCUUUUCUCUUGCUUUACCAGGUGAUUACAAUGACCGGAAACCAAUCCUUCACAUCUGCUCCGAAUUAUAUUUUCGCACAUUGUCCACUGAAGACAACUUCUAGCCCUUUAUGGCAAGCUGAGGUA